AUGAUCCACCUUCUGUGCGCGGCUCUCGUGUUGAGCCUCGCGCCGAGCCUCGUCCGAGGAGCGGCCAGCGCCAACGGCACAUGUUAUUAUCUGACUGGCGACAUUGCUACGGGCCAUGUGCCAUGCAAGAGCGGCGGUGGCGUCACCAACUGCUGUGAUAGCGGGGCCGUCUGCUUGAGCAAUGGGAUGUGUGUAAUGCAGGGGGACAUGGGACUUGGCUUCGGCCGUGGCUCCUGCAACGACCCCGACUGGAGCCCCGCGUGUUAUGCGCCUUGCCGCGAUGCGUAUCGGGAGGGUGGCGUGCCCAUUAUUCCAGUCGCAUGGUAUGAUGUGAAAACCCAGUACUGCUGCGGCAAAGUCGAAUUGAACAAUGGCAAGACGACCUGUCGGUACGGUGAUCCGUUCUCGAUCGCGGAGGGGACGGUCCUGCCCGGCGUAGCCUAUCUGUCCAAUGUCACCUACACUGACUCGACCGAUAAUUCGACUACCUGUGAUAAUGCCACUUCGUCUGGGGCACUGACGACCUCUGUGGAAUCCUCUUCAUCGAACCGAGACGUUGCCAUCGGCGCGGGUGUGGGCGUCCCGCUCGGUCUAAUUGCUCUUGUGUCCAUCGCGUGGGCCUUGUGGGAACGUCGCAAGCUCGCGCAGAUGAAAUCCUCUCUGUCUUCAGGAGAAGGUGCGUACGCCGCACUCAACCGCACAGUGGGGCCUCCGGUCGAGCUGAGCGCGGCGGCGCCCGGCGCAGCGGAGUUGAUGGAUAGCAUGAAUGAACCCAAGCAUACAGACUUCAAACCGGAGGUACCGAUCGAGAGCGAGAGACGAUGGUAA